AUUCAUCCGCAUCAACUUCGACGUCACGGGUUACAUCGUGGGAGCCAACAUUGAGACCUAUCUGCUAGAAAAAUCACGGGCAAUUCGCCAAGCCAGAGAUGAGAGGACAUUCCACAUCUUUUACUACAUGAUUGCUGCAGCCAAGGAGAAGAUGAGAAGUGACUUGCUUUUGGAGGGCUUCAACAACUACACCUUCCUCUCCGAUGGCUUUGUGCCCAUCCCAGCAGCCCAGGAUGAUGAGAUGUUCCAGGAAACCGUGGAGGCCAUGGCGAUCAUGGGUUUCAGCGAGGAGGAACAGCUAUCCAUAUUGAAGGUGGUAUCAUCGGUCCUGCAGCUUGGAAAUAUCGUCUUCAAGAAGGAAAGAAACACAGACCAGGCGUCCAUGCCAGAUAACACAGCUGCUCAGAAAGUUUGUCACCUCAUGGGAAUUAAUGUGACAGAUUUCACCAGAUCCAUCCUCACUCCUCGUAUCAAGGUUGGGCGAGAUGUGGUACAGAAAGCCCAGACAAAAGAACAGGCUGACUUUGCUGUAGAGGCUUUGGCCGAGGCAACAUAUGGGCGCCUUUUCCGCUGGAUACUCACCUGUGUGAACAAAGCCUUGGACAAGACCCAUCGGCAAGGGGCUUCCUUCCUGGGGAUCCUGGAUAUAGCUAGAUUUGAGAUCUUUGAGGUGAACUCUUUCGAGCAGCUGUGCAUCAACUACACCAACGAGAAGCUGCAGCAGCUCUUCAACCACACCAUGUUCAUCCUGGAGCAGGAGGAGUACCAGUGCGAGGGCAUCGAGUGGAACUUCAUCGACUUUGGUCUGGACCUACAGCCCUGCAUUGAGCUCAUCGAGCAGCCGAACAACCCUACAGGUGUGCUGGCCCUGCUGGACGAGGAGUGCUGGUUCCCCAAAGCCACGGACAAGUCUUUCGUGGAGAAGCUGUGCACGGAGCAGGGCAGCCACCCCAAGUUCCAGAAGCCAAAGCAGCUCAAGGACAAGACUGAGUUCUCCAUCAUCCAUUAUGCCGGGAAGGUGGACUACAAUGCGAGUGCCUGGCUGACCAAGAACAUGGACCCACUGAAUGACAACGUGACUUCCCUGCUCAAUGCCUCCUCUGACAAAUUUGUGGCCAACCUGUGGAAGGACGUGGACCGCAUCGUGGGCCUGGACCAGAUGGCCAAGAUGACGGAGAGCUCGCUGCCCAGCGCCUCCAAGACCAAGAAGGGCAUGUUCCGCACAGUGGGGCAGCUGUACAAGGAGCAGCUGGGCAAGCUGAUGACCACGCUGCGCAACACCACACCCAACUUCGUGCGCUGCAUCAUCCCCAACCACGAGAAGAGGUCCGGCAAGCUGGAUGCGUUCCUGGUGCUGGAGCAGCUGCGGUGCAAUGGGGUGCUGGAAGGCAUUCGCAUCUGCCGGCAGGGCUUCCCCAACCGGAUCGUCUUCCAGGAGUUCCGCCAACGCUACGAGAUCCUGGCGGCAAAUGCCAUCCCCAAAGGCUUCAUGGACAGGAAGCAGGCCGGCAUUCUCAUGAUCAAAGCCCUGGAACUUGACCCCAACUUAUACAGGAUAGGGCAGAGCAAAAUCUUCUUCCGAACUGGGGUCCUGGCCCACCUGGAAGAGGAACGUGAUUUGAAGAUCACCGAUGUCAUCAUGGCCUUCCAGGCGAUGUGUCGUGGCUACUUGGCCAGAAAGGCUUUUGCCAAGAGGCAGCAGCAGCUGACUGCCAUGAAGGUGAUUCAGAGGAACUGCGCCGCCUACCUCAAGCUGCAGAACUGGCAGUGGUGGAGGCUUUUCACCAAAGUGAAGCCACUGCUGCAGGUGACACGGCAGGAGGAGGAGAUGCAAGCCAAGGAGGAUGAACUGCAGAAGACCAAAGAGCGGCAGCAGAAGGCAGAGAGUGAGCUUAAGGAGCUGGAGCAGAAGCACUUGCAGCUGACCGAGGAGAAGAACCUGCUACAGGAACAGCUGCAGGCAGAGACAGAGAUGUAUGCAGAGGCUGAGGAGAUGCGGGUGCGGCUGGCGGCCAAAAAGCAGGAGCUCUAGGAGAUACUGCAUGAGAUGGAGGCCCGCCUGGAGGAGGAGGAAGACAGGGGCCAGCAGCUACAGGCUGAAAGGAAGAAGAUGGCCCAGCAGAUGCUGGACCUUGAAGAACAGCUGGAGGAGGAGGAAGCUGCCAGGCAGAAGCUGCAACUUGAGAAGGUCACGGCUGAGGCCAAGAUCAAGAAACUGGAGGAUGAUAUCCUAGUCAUGGAUGAUCAGAACAAUAAACUGUCAAAAGAACGAAAACUCCUUGAGGAGAGGAUCAGUGACUUAACGACAAAUCUUGCAGAAGAGGAAGAAAAGGCCAAGAAUCUUACCAAGCUGAAAAACAAGCAUGAAUCUAUGAUUUCAGAACUGGAAGUGCGGCUAAAGAAGGAAGAGAAGAGCCGGCAGGAGCUGGAGAAGCUGAAACGGAAGCUGGAGAGUGAUGCCAGCGACUUCCACGAGCAGAUCGCUGACCUCCAGGCGCAGAUCGCAGAGCUCAAGAUGCAGCUGGCCAAGAAGGAGGAGGAGCUGCAGGCAGCCCUGGCCAGGCUUGACGAUGAAAUCGCUCAGAAGAACAAUGCCCUGAAGAAGAUCCGGGAGCUGGAGGGCCACAUCUCAGACCUCCAGGAGGACCUGGACUCGGAGCGGGCUGCCAGGAACAAGGCUGAAAAGCAGAAGCGAGACCUAGGUGAGGAGCUGGAGGCCCUAAAGACAGAGCUGGAAGACACGCUGGACAGCACAGCCACUCAGCAGGAGCUCAGAGCCAAGAGGGAGCAGGAGGUGACGGUGCUGAAGAAGGCCCUGGAUGAAGAGACGUGGUCCCAUGAGGCCCAGGUCCAGGAGAUGAGGCAGAAACAUGCACAGGCGGUGGAGGAGCUCACAGAGCAGCUUGAGCAGUUCAAGAGGGUGGCCCUGUGCACAUUUGCCGUCUACGUGACCAUUGACAAGAACAACAUCCUGGAUGCCCAGGCAGCCUUCGUGUCUUUGGCCUUGUUCAACAUCCUCUGGUUCCCCUGAACAUUCUCCCCAUGGUCAUCAGCAG